AGAGCGGCUCUACUACCGCAGUCCCCACUUUCGAGCGUAGUGGAAGCAGGUGCUGAUGCAGUCUCCGCUGCUGAUUAGCUACGAGCAUCCAGACCUGGCCAAGCUUCCAGACUUCCCGAGCUUGUCGAGGAGCUCCUCUAUUGCCAGUACUCAAUGUGGUUCCGGCUCAGGAUCUGCUGGAGCCACACCCAUUGGGCUCGAGGGGUCGCCCAAGCAGGAUGAAAAAAGCGGCCAUCAGGACCCAUUGAACAAGAUUGACACGGCACUGCUUUUGCAGACAUCAUGGAAACACCGUGUGAAGGGCAUCCCUGACAUGGACUACCCAGCUCCCUUGAUCGUGGUGCGUGACGCUGCUGGAUUGCCUGAGCAGUACAACAUGUGCGUGCGCAACACCUUUUGGGAGAUGAAGGAUAGCGCUCAGGGAUCUUUGGCCGAAUUUUGGGCAGAACGCCAGAUUCACUCCUGCCCUGCAAGCCGACUUGGAGCUGCAGAGCAAGACGGUGUAUCGAGUAUGACCUCGGAGGCCUUUCUCCCUACACCAGCAACACCAGCUUGCCAAGAGCCUUGCAAAACAUCCGAGGUUGGGGAGCACCAUCAGCCGCAUCCGGCGCUGGUUCAGGAUGUUCCGCAGCGCGCAGCCAGCCAGCCAAUAUGUGGCGCUGUCCAAGCAAGGGGUGCUGUCCAGUCCCAGGUUUAUGUGGUGCCCUCGCAAGCGCCAUUGACCACUUUUCCGUGGAUGCCAAUGUUUCCAUACGGGGCUCAAAGACCCGGACUUGUGUACUCGCCUGCGAAUUCCCCUACCACCUCUCUCUCCAUUCCGCGAGUGGCUGCACCUGCAGUCGCACCGCCGCAACUGCAGGCCCCGCCGUUCGCGGAGGUCAGUGCCCCACCACCACCUAUGCAAGCUCCUUCUGUGGCCUGUGACCUUCCCAAGGAUAGCGCCAAGUCGGACAAGGUGAACAUUGCUUCCAUUGCUUCAGUUGGGUCAGCUGGCCAUGACGAUGGUACAUGCAGGCCGUGCGCUUUCAUCUUCAAGAAGGGAUGCGAGAGCGGAGCACUUUGUACAUUUUGCCACCUCUGUCCACCAGGCGAAAAGAAGCGCCGGGCAAAAGAGCGAGGUUCCAAAAAAGCUGAGGAAAGUUGAAGGGACACUGAAUUGCGGUCUGUAAGGGCAGACGGUGCUGGCAUCCUCGUCGAAGAUCGGAUGAUGUCUCACCAAUUUCUUCGGUUGAUGGCUGACAGUGAGUUCAGUCACCGGAAUGCUGCAGGCCACACUGAGCGUUGCUGUCUUUGCUCAUGCCAAACUGAUGGCUCCAGGAUGGUUCACAAGUAAUGGCCCAUUUUUGAGCUCACCGCAUCCAGGAGCCAUUAGGUGAGCUUUUCGCGAAGACAGCAGACCGCACCUAAUGAAGGCCAAGCGAAAUCUUUCGUUUCGCUCACUCGCCUUUAAUCUUGCACCGACCUGCACCCUUUGCUUUUAACACGGGAUGCUGCAUUGCAACCCAUGGAUGGUACAUCGAAGGUGUGCCAUCUCAUUGCUUUAGUCAUCCUCCUUAGCCUGCGCUGAGCCAGCGCAAGCCAUGGGUGCGGAGUGGCGUGCACGUAUCACCCAUGUCUGAGAGGAGUCACGGAAUCACGCCUGUGACCCGAAAAAGCCCAGUGG